AUGAAUCAGGAACUGCUCUCUGUGGGCAGCAAGAGGCGACGAACUGGUGGAUCUCUUCGAGGUAAUGCUUCCUCAAGCCAAGUAGAUGAGGAGCAGAUGAAUCGAGUUGUAGAAGAGGGGGAGCAGGAACAAAGACGACAACAAGAAGAGCAGCACAUUGGGAGAAAUGGGGAGAUAAGAGGAGAAGAACCUGGAUUUGAUGAGAGGCUUGAGUCUCAGCAGGAACAGUUAGAAGAAAAUAACAAUAGACUUAUUACAGUGGAUGAAGAAUCUACUUGUAACCAAGAGGAAGAAGAUGAUGAUCGUGCUGGUGAUCAAGAGGAGGAGGUGGAAGAGGAGGAGGAAAUGGACCAGGAGAGUGAUGAUUUCGAUCAGUCGGAUGACAGUAGCAGAGAAGAUGAACAUGCUAACAGUAACAGUGUCACAAAUUCUAAUAGCCUCAUGGACUUGCCCAUUCACCAGUCAUCGCCAUUCUACAUAAAGACAAAGAUGAAGAGAAAGUUGGACCAUGGCUCCGAGGUCCGUUCUUUCUCUCUGGGAAAGAAACCCUGCAAAGUCUCGGAAUACACAAGUACUACAGGGCUGGUGCCAUGCUCUGCCACACCUACUACUUUUGGGGACCUGAGGGCAGCCAAUGGCCAGGGACAGCAACGUCGACGCAUUACAUCUGUGCAACCACCGACGGGCCUUCAGGAAUGGCUGAAAAUGUUUCAGAGCUGGAGUGGACCAGAGAAAUUACUUGCUUUAGAUGAACUCAUUGAUAGUUGUGAACCAACACAAGUAAAACACAUGAUGCAAGUGAUAGAGCCCCAGUUUCAAAGAGACUUCAUUUCCUUGCUCCCAAAAGAGCUGGCACUGUAUGUGCUGUCAUUCCUGGAACCCAGGGACCUUCUGCAGGCAGCCCAGACAUGUCGUUACUGGAGAAUUCUGGCUGAAGAUAAUCUCCUCUGGAGAGAGAAGUGCAAAGAGGAGGGGAUUGAUGAACCGUUACAUAUCAAGAGGAGGAAAGUAAUCAAACCAGGCUUUAUACACAGCCCGUGGAAAAGCGCCUACAUCAGACAGCACAGGAUUGAUACCAACUGGCGGCGAGGAGAACUUAAAUCGCCUAAGGUACUCAAAGGCCAUGAUGACCACGUGAUCACAUGCCUUCAGUUCUGUGGGAACCGAAUAGUGAGCGGCUCUGAUGACAACACACUGAAAGUGUGGUCGGCAGUCACAGGCAAGUGUUUGAGAACGCUGGUUGGGCACACAGGCGGAGUCUGGUCAUCACAGAUGAGGGACAAUAUCAUCAUCAGUGGCUCUACGGACCGAACGCUGAAAGUCUGGAACGCCGAGACCGGAGAAUGCAUACACACCUUGUACGGACACACCUCCACCGUGCGCUGCAUGCAUCUCCAUGAGAAAAGAGUGGUCAGUGGGUCUCGAGAUGCUACACUGAGAGUUUGGGACAUAGAGACGGGCCAGUGCUUACACGUUCUGAUGGGCCACGUAGCUGCAGUUCGGUGCGUUCAAUAUGAUGGCAGAAGGGUUGUAAGUGGUGCAUAUGAUUUUAUGGUCAAAGUUUGGGAUCCAGAGACAGAGACCUGUCUGCACACACUGCAAGGGCAUACUAACAGAGUCUACUCAUUACAGUUCGAUGGCAUCCAUGUAGUGAGUGGAUCUCUUGACACUUCCAUCCGAGUUUGGGAUGUGGAGACAGGCAACUGCAUUCACACGCUAACAGGCCACCAGUCUCUCACAAGUGGAAUGGAACUCAAGGACAAUAUACUUGUGUCUGGGAAUGCCGAUUCUACGGUCAAAAUCUGGGACAUUAAAACAGGACAAUGUUUACAGACAUUGCAAGGUCCCAACAAGCAUCAGAGUGCUGUGACCUGUUUACAGUUCAACAAGAACUUUGUAAUUACCAGCUCAGAUGAUGGGACUGUAAAACUUUGGGACUUGAAAACGGGUGAAUUUAUCCGCAAUCUAGUCACAUUGGAGAGCGGGGGCAGCGGAGGCGUCGUGUGGCGGAUCAGAGCUUCUAACACAAAGCUAGUGUGUGCGGUGGGGAGCCGCAACGGGACUGAGGAAACAAAGCUGCUGGUGUUGGACUUUGACGUGGAUAUGAAAUGAAGGGCAGAAAGAUGAAUUUGUC